CUUAUGGUGAAACUAGGCCUCCGAAAAUAGACACACGGUGCUGAAGGAGGUACUCUCCCUGGGAGAUGUCCACAGAAUCAAGUGCCACAAGAAGACGUGGUAAAGAAGGCCUAGCAGCGAAUGGGUCCAGCGAAAAUCUUUUGGAAGGAAUGAAGGUUGGUGAAGCUAAUAAAUCGAGUCGUUCUUUUUAGUUUUUGCUUAUUCAUUGCGCUGUCAUCCUUGAUGCAUUGUAGAAAAUUCCGUCUUUGAGACGAGUUCACUAAUUCUCGGAAAUACCAGUUUUUUUAAUUUAUAGAUGUAUAUAUCAACAGAUUGUUCAAAUUUUGCGCGACUUUGUAAAUGACAGGCGACUUCGAAGAACUGUCGUGAUCAAGUGAUCGAUCUUUCCAGUUGUUUUUGUUCGCAUGCACUUGACGUUUGUUCAAAUUUUUUAUUUAAAAAUGGGCUAUUUUAUUUUUGCGUUCCUCCAGUCGUGUUGUUGUCUGUUGUAGACCACACAUAAUGGCAUUGGUGAUGCAACAUUAAAGCUUAAAACUUUCAAUUCGUGAAGCUGAAUAAUAAGUGCCACAUGUAAUACUGAUUCUCAGAAAGCUGUUUUCCUUAACUCCAAGUUGAUAUUUUAGAAGAAACAAGUGAAACUGUUAUUUCGCUACAUGCAGCCGUCUUUAUGUUUGUUGCAAUGAUAGAAAAUGUUUCCUAGCUAAUUAAUGAUAUUGCAUGGCCACCUCUGUAUAAUGUUGGUAACAUUUAGACUUCUUGUUGUACCGGCCUUAGUAGGAAGCACAGGAUAACCUCGAAUGUCAUGUGAUUACUAAAAAUAUCCAAAUAUUCUCUUUAAAAGCUGUCUUAAAAUUUCACAGCAGUACAAUAAUAUUGUUCGUACAGCAUUAGUAAUAUUUAAAUGCUUAAUUACAUCUGCGAUUUUGUUGCAAAAAUUAUGUAUAAGCUGGAGCUUCUGGAGAAUUGUGCACCUGCAUGUUUCAAUAAUUGACAUUGAGUGCUGCAUUAGUUGUGGUACAUGUAAAUACAGAACAUAUCAAAGUUGAUUGUCUUAAUCCUUAAAGCCCCAAGGCCAGGGUGAUCAACUUCAAUUUUCUCUUCACAAAAUCAAAACAUCAAGAGGGAAAAAGGUCAGGAGAAUAUUUAUUGACAAAGUCACCACCAAAAAGAAAAUGCCUUGACGUAUAACAAAUUCUUCCAACUAAUUCUUUAGGAAAGAGUGAAGAUCACUUGGGAGAAUAUGUAAGUGGAUAUCGGGGCUUACAUGUACAGGGUUAAAUCUGUCAUGCACAGUCUACAUGUAACUUCGUGUGAACAAAAUACUGUACAUUUAGGGAAAGUUCAUUUAAUAUCACAGGGGGGGGGGGGGAUGAAGAUAUUGAAACUCGAAGCUUGAAAUUUUAGCAGCCCCCCUCGCUAGCGGUUCAAUUUUUUAGGAGCCCCCUCCUUGGUAGUCGAAAAAAUUUCGGAGCCCCCCCCCCCUUCAAUUCCUUUGCUCCCCUGAAAAAAGAUCGCUAGACUGUAUUAAAUAUAUUUACCGUUAUUGUCUUCAAUGGUUUAUACUAUGACAAACUUGAGAUACAGUUGUGAUACAAUUUUCUAAAGCAUUUUUGGGAUGAACAAGAGUGUAAUAAUUACUGAGACUACAUUUGUUAUAUCUGUAAACCACGUGAUAUAGCUGAGUUGCACAGGUCAUUAAAUUGUUGAGUUGAAAACCAUCCGAUCUGUAUGAUGAUGUCAUGUGUUGGUUUUGAAGUAUACAAAUUUUCGGAGCCCCCCCUCCUAAGCGCAACAAUUUUUUCAGAGCCCCCCUUCGGUGUCUAAAAAUUUUCGACCCCCCUCAAUAUCUUCAUCCCCCUUGUCAUAUUAAAUGAACUUUCCCUUAGGACCGAACCUAAUACAUUGAAAUAAGUACGUGAAAAGUUCGGCAUCUGAAUCAAUUAGGAAUGCUUAUUUCAAUGUGGAAUGGCUCAGCCGUUUUUCCCGCCUAGCCCAGCCGGGAACUUCUCCUUUGGAGCAACUUUAGAACUGCUUCAAUUCAGACACCAAACUUUUCCUGUGCCAGACCUGAAGCAUAAAUUACUAUAAAGUAUAUUGCAAGUGCUUUAACUCCGAGAGCAUUUUUCCCCUUUUGAUUUUAGUUUGCCUGGAAUUAAGAUCGGCAUGUGAAUCAAUUGAGCCGGUCUUAAUUGUUUGGCUUGGCCUCACUUCGAAUUUGGUUUGGCUCAUGAAAAGUUUGGCAUCUGAAUUGUGCCUUACCAUUCAAAUGAAACCUCUUGUUGCCUCUUGAUGUAUUUGCAGGAAAAUCAAGAAACGGAUACCAGGGAAGAAACUAGUAGUCUUGCUGCAGCCACGUCAGAACAAGAAAGCAUGCCUUUCCUGUCAAGCUUAAAUCCCAAGUAAUGAGCUGUUUUCAACAUAAGUUUAUUAAUUUUAUUAUCCAAUACUGUAAAAUACAGUACCGUUCAAAAGUAAGUUGACAGUCCGUUACGAGUCUCAAUUCUUGACUUGAUUCUCGAUUCCUGCAUGAGAACAAGUUAUCAUGAAUUGAGUCAAGGAUCGAGUCUCGCGAGAUAUAAAGUAAAAGAUUCACCCAUGACUGAUUUCUCAAUAAAUUUACAAUGACAUUCAUGCCACACAACAUGGCAUGGUUUAUAUGGGCAAGUGACUAUAUGCGUAAGAUAGUUGAGGUUUUGACAUAUCACUCAAGCCAUGCAAACAAAUGCAAAUUUCCUGAAAAGCUGUCAACUGCUAGUGGAUCUUGAAUUUGUAUAGUUCAAGCAUUUCUUGAAGGAAUUAAACACUGCAGAGAGUUUGUUAUUUUAUAGAGUAGAAAGAGCUGUCUGACAUCAGAGAAGUUAGAAGAUUACUCAAAACUUGAACAAAGGUUGUAGAUUCUCUCAGCAAUUGAGUAUCGAGAGUAAGAGCAAAUUACUCAAUACUAAACCAAGACCAUUCUAGUUUGAUGAGACACGCAGGAAUCGAAUAUCGAGAAUCAAGUUGCAACAAUCAUGAAGAAUUGAGUCUGGAUUCUCGACUCAAUUUUCACUUCUUGAUUCUCGCGAGGAUCAAGAAUCGAGUGUCAUCUUACUUUUAUAAUGGUACCACAUUCCAUAUAUGACCCUCACUGCCCCCUCCCCCAUUCCAAAUGCUAACAAUUCACCAUUUUCUUAUUGCCCAUAACAUUUUCUUUAUCCCCAAAAUUUUGCAGAAGUAUGGUUCCUUCUUUCUCUUGGGACAACUGUAACAUCCAGGAGAAAUUGCAAACUGUAGUUAUGCAAAAUUUUGGGGGAUAUGUAAACAAAAAGUGCAACUCUCUGUGUUUCUGCAUGAGUCUCCCAGGUGAAAUGGAUCACAGAUCUUCUGUUCUUCCCUAUGGGUCACCAAAUCUCCCAGAUAAAAUAGACUGUUGAGCUUAUUUUAGCAUGAACCGUCUAUGCAUUCACAGGAUUCUGAAACAAAGGAAAAUAGAACCCAAAAGAACAACGGUCCUAGUUGUUCAAUUCACCACUAACUAAUUGCAUAUACCUGGCAAUGAUAAAUCUUAGUGAUCGCCCUGUAUGACUAUGCGACGUAAGCCUGUCAUAUGUCACAUAUUCUAUGGAGGACGUAAACAAGCCUGACAAAAUUUUCUUUCUCUUUCUGAACCUGGGUGGCGGUCUUAGGAAUUCAGACCCUGAAGAGUUUGCCUACACAGGGUGCAAAGAAAAUCAUUUUUACAGCUUGCCAUUUGGGCAAGCUGAAGCUAGCAUUUACUAGCCCAGAUAUCAUUUGAACUAGCCCCAAAAGCUUUUUGAUGAGCAGAAUUGAUUUCACAGUUCUUCCUUUAUUUGAAUUGCUCAAAAAACAUCACUUGCCCAUCGGGCAAGUUAAAAACAGAAUUCACUAGCGCGAUAGCAAAAUCCACUAGCCCCGGGCUAUCGGACACUACUUUCUUUGUACGCUGCUACAUUUGACAAAAUAAGCCAGUUGGAAUAAUCGUGAUGAAAAUUGAAAAACGGAAUUCAUUUUUUAAUCAACGUUUUCACUGCCAUUAUCCUCUCAUCUUAAGGCCCAUAUUAUUUGCCCUGCCAAAAAGUCUACUUGCCCCGGAAUACUGGACAGGUCUUUUUCGAGCCUUGGUGCAAUCACAGGCUGAAUUAUGACCAAAAAUUCAAUUUCAAAUCAACCUUUUUUGCCUCCUACUUUUAUCAUCAGUCAGGUAUUCUAAAAAUUAUUUUACCUUAGAACAAAGUCCUGCUUUACUUGCAAAGCGAGCUGAACUUUCAUAAUAACUUUGUUCUUCUUGUAAUUGUUUAGAUGGAGAAACUGGUGGAUUAGAGGAAUGUUUACUCUGGUGAUGUUUGUUGGUUUUGCUGUUAUUAUUUACUUUGGCCCUUUUGCCUUAAUCUUGUUGGUGAGUUUAUAGUUAGACUUUAUCAUUGAGAAGGACUUAGAACUACCAGGUUUCUCCGUAGUAGUAUAUUUAAUCACUCAAGAUUUUAAUCCUUGUGUUUUUAAGUAUACUGUUACAGGUCAAAUUUGAUUUUAGGGGAGAUUUUUUUUAACCAUGUUGAUUCGUAAUUUCCUUUGUCUUCUAGGACUAGGAGACAAUAGAAAUUGAGAAUCAACCUAGGUUAAAUGAAAAUUAACCUGAAAUCAAAUUUGACUUGUUACAGAUAUAACAGGGUUUGCACAGUCCUUUUUCCCUUGAAAAGUCCUUAAAUUUCUGUGCAAGUCCUUGAAAAGUCCUUUAAUUUUCUUCAGCUUUGAAUUGAGGGGCGUGGAAAGUGUUUUUUGAAACUUUUUGGUUGUCCAAGAAAGAAUACAAAUCAUAGCUCAGAGAAUUUAAAGGUUAUUUACAUAAAUUGCUCUAUGUUUUUGUAUGCAAUAAUAAUUAUUGAUAGUUAAUUAUUAACUACCAAUUUACAAUGUAAGUCAAGUGAACUGAAAAGUGUUGGUGAAGCAAACAGUUCAAGCCUUAAAGUCUUAUUAGAGUAGACUGGGAAUGUGCAUUUUUAUACAAUCUGUGAAAUUAUAUUCCUAGUAGGUGGUCCUUGAAAAUCUAAUGUGGUCUUUGAAAAGUCCUUGAAAAAUGGUUGCAUUUUUUUGUAUGAACCUUGUAUAAUGCUAGUUAUCUAAGGAAGGGGUUGGAAUGAAAAGAAUAUGUAAUUACAUAGUGUGCAGUGUAUAAUCAUUUGAAAGAUCUCCUUGCAGGAGUAGAUGAGAGCAAUGAAGAAUCCCCCCCGCCCCUUUUGUAGGCAUGUGAUUGAAAACAUGUACUUUCAAAUACUGAGCUUAAGGAAGAAGAAGAGCAUUUUUCUUCAGUUUGAUUAGACUUCAAAGUUUUUCUUUCUUUUGAUUUGUUCAGAUUCAGUGUAUUCAAAUCAAGUGUUACCAUGAAAUAAUUUCCAUUGGACAUAAAAAGUAUCAAAAGCACAAUCUUCCUUGGUUUAGAUCGCUAAGUUGGUAAGUAAAUUCUGUCGAAAUAACUGCUACCACAAAGGUUUAAUACUGAAUUGCUUCUGUAAUAGUACCUGUUGCCAGUGGAAGAUUAUUGAUAAUAAAGCUUUAGACUGAGUGUGAGAGGCAUACACAGUAUGUUGUGGUCCAAUUUUAUCUGUGGUGUUAAUUUAUUUUCUUUUGUUUCAAAUUCACUAUUAUACAUUAUUGUUACCCCAAACCAAAGGAAAAUACAUUUAUAAUUUAAACCAAGGGCAAAAUUGAACCACAAGUAAUGUACAAUCAUUGUGUCAAAGAAAUGAUGGGGCCAUAUAGCAAGUACAGGGAAUGAUAAGAAGCUCCACUUUCAUAAGUACACUUUGUACGGCCAACUCUUACCUUGCAGACACCUCGCUAAUAUGGACACCCUAAUAAUAUGGACAAAAGAUGAAUCCUUAACAAAAAUUUCAGACCUCUAACAAUUGCAAAAAUACCCCACUGCUGCAAACACUUUUUCGAUCCUGGCAUCACAGUGUUAUUGUUCUAAAUCAAAAUGUAAUUCUUGUUUUGACAGACAUCAAGACAGUGUUGUCUUUCAAAAUUGAUGUUAGGACACCAAUAAAAUCUAUUUCAUUUGUAUUUUACGGUGUAUCAUCAUCUUGUCUUUCCUAUUCAAUAUUUUGCUUUUUCUGUAGCAUAUCAUCCACAGCUGUUCUAAUGUUUUCUAUAAAGAAAUUCUUCUUGUACUCUGCUGUUAUGGACUUCUGUUAUCAUGUACACUAACUUGCAGUCUUAAGGAUUUCUGCAAUAAUAGGAGUUAGCUGUAUAAGCCUAUAAAGGACUGGGUUAUGAGCUCUUUAAGGCCUAAUAUUCCCAUACAAAUUCUCCAGAAUGAUCUCCUUACAUUUCUUUAAAGAAAUAGUUGAGAGAAUUCGCUUAGAGAUCAGAGAGCAUUUAACCUUUUUUCUUGAUUAUGUAUGGAUAUUGUUGAGAGAAAAUUCAUAUUGGUCAUCGUUGGGACUUAAAGGGUUAAGAACAGCAGGUUGCUGAAAACUGGCUGCAAACUGUUGGUAAAGAAAGUGUAGGGAGUACAGGAAAAUAUCUCAGAACUUCCUGGGCUCAAAAAAGGUGAUAUGCAGGUCUCAGAACCUGGCACAGAUGCUUAGUUUGAUGCACAUAUACAAUAGCUAAAUCAGGAAUUUUCACCAAAAUUAAUACUAUGGGCUGCAAACCAUUGGUAACUAGAAAGUGUAGGAAAUACAGGAAAAAAUCUCAGAACUUUCCAGGCUCAAAAAGGUGAUUUGCUGGUCUCAAAAUUCAGCAUGAUGCUUAGUUUGAUGCACGUAUACAAUAGUUAAAUCAGGAAUUGUCAUCAAGUACUGUGGGGAAAUCCCUGUUUAAUAAAUAACCCAUUUUUCUCAGCAUUAGGGAAAGUUCAUUUAAUAUGACAAGGGGGGGGGAUGAAGAUAUUGAGGGGGGGCUCCGAAAAUUUUUAGACACCCGAAGGGGGGGCUCUGAAAAAAUUGUUGCGCUAGGAGGGGGGGGCUCCGAAAAUUUGUAUACUUCAAAACCAACACAUGACAUCAUCAUACAGAUCGGAUGGUUUUCAACUCAACAAUUUAAUGACCUGUGCAACUCAACUAUAUCACGUGGUUUACAGAUAUAACAAAUGUAGUCUCAGUAAUUAUUACACUCUUGUUCAUCCUAAAAAUGCUUUACAAAAUUGUAUCACAACUGUAUCUCAAGUUUGUCAUAGUAUAAACCAUUGAAGACAAUAACGGUAAAUAUAUUUAAUACAGUCUAGCGAUCUUUUUUCAGGGGAGCAAAGGAAUUGAAGGAGGAGGGGGGGCUCUGAAAUUUUUUCGACUACCAAGGAGGGGGCUCCUAAAAAAUUGAACCGCUAGCGAGGGAGGCUGCUAAAAUUUCAAGUUUCGAGUUUCAAUAUCUUCAUCCCCCCCCCCUUGUCAUAUUAAAUGAACUUUCCCUUAGUGAGCUGAAAUGAUUGCCUUUCAUCUCUUAUUAGGUAUUUCCUUGGUUGUGCAAACUUCUUCUUCUACGGUGAAAGCAUAACUGAUUAUUUCAACGGAAACCCAAACCCACCAGUGGAUGAUGAAUCAGAGGUAAAUUCCAGCCUCUUUUAGCCCUGUACAUUUUAAAGUUUUUGGCCACAUUUAUAAUGGAGAAUACUUGUCCCCAGAAGGAGCACAUACCUACCUGAGCUAUACUGUACCCUGGGCAAACCAACAUUUCCUAUUACCUUACAAAAAUUGCUAAACUGUUUGCAUGAGAAACAAAACGUUGUCUCCACUAGAAGGGUGACCUGCCAUGUCAACUUAGUCAAGGCAAGACUAUUGGAGCAUGUGCAAACGCUGAUGGCUCAGCAAAGGGGUCAACCUUUUUCGCCUUUAAACACUCACUUGAGUUGACUGAGCUCGCAGGGUGACCUUCUUUCCCAGGACCAUUUUCCUACAUAUAAACUGGAUUUAGUCUGCAAAGUUUGUGCCUGACUAUCAGGACUAGAGAAUAUGAGUGUGUUUUGAGUUUUAGUUAGAUAUGUUUGUGCCAAGAGUUUUCGUAACAUUUUCUUCUUUCUUUGGUAGGAAGUGGUUAAAACAUACAUCCCAUAUCACAGACUGAUUUCAUAUGCACUCUACCUUAUUGGUAAGAAUACCUUAUUGCAAACAUGCAAAAUUGUAAAAAAAAAAAAAAAAACAGGUUUACAUUCUCAAUGCAUUGUAAAAUGUACCGUCCACUCCCGAUAACUCGAACCCUCGCUAACUCAAACCUCAUGCAAUCUUGAACCAAAAUCUAUUUCCCCUGAAUUUCCUUCAUACAUUUACUGCAACUUUACCCUCGGUAACUCGAACCAUUGAUAACUUGAACCUCCCGCUAACUCAAAGUAAAUUAGUUUUGUUUCUUUGCAGUUUCUUUGCACUCCUGAUAACUUGAACUCAAGCCAACUUGAACGUUUUUCGAUUUCCCUUGAAGGUUUGAGUUAUUGGGAUUCAACUGUAUUGUCAAUUGAUUAAUGUAAAAAAUCAUUAACCUGAAAUAAAGGGCUUGGAAAAUCUGAUUGCCUUACUACCAGGGCAAGCAAAACUCUAGCAAGCUACCAGAAAAUCGAUUCACAUUGAAUAACUUAUGUUUUGUCUAUAGGAUAAUGAUUUAAAUUUGAGCUGGAAAAAAACUGCUUGUAAUUAAUGGUCUCACUCGACAAACUGCAUAAAACAUGCAACUAAAAAUAUCAGCAAGGUUGGCAACCAGAGCCGGUGGACUUAACAUGCUCAAGUUAUACUUGGAAUUUUUGGAACUUGUCAUGAGUCACCAAAAUGUUGGGCUAAGGAGAAAGUGGUGCUGUAGAUCAGGAACAAUUGUGUCUUUGGGCCUGUCUUAUGAAAGUCCCCAAUGGGCCAGGAGAGCUGUUUUUUUGUUAUGCAUUCACGAUCAUUGAGGCUUCAACAGUUUUUCAGAUAAACAAAUAAUGUCCGUUAGUAAAACAUAAUGGACUGGUUUCUUAAGUAGGAUCUGCGGGCUUAUUCUUUAGAUAUUUUUGAUUUCAAUAAUUAUUUGAGUCUGGGCCCAAAAAGUUGCCAUGACUUUCGAGAAAUAGGCCCCUGGGCAAGAACUCAGGGGACUUCCUCCUCCUAUAAUAUCCAACCCCAAGACACAGUUGUGCCCAAGAAAGUCCUGCCUUUAGAUAUUAUUAGUUGCCUCUUUCAGCUGUGCAUGAAGUUUUUCCCCUUCUUUAAAUUUUCUGAAGAACCCGGCCAGGUUAUCCCAAUUGACCUACGGCUUGCGAGAUGUGUGAAACAUUUGUGGUUAGCUGCUUUAUGAUGGUUACGAGACCAUAUACGACUCUUUGUAGUUCUUUGAUAGUUGUCAUGACUUUAGAUUCUCUACCACUUGUAGACGUACGACUCUACGAGAGGAUUUGUACUAAACUCACUUUUAAUAAAGAAACGACACAACACGAUUUACAUUCUGAUCACCCUGUGUUCGCUUUCCAAAUCAAGUGAUCAUGUUUCCCAGAGUUCCACUACAAAGCCAGACCUUAGCAGGGUUUAAUUUACAGGACUUUUCCUGGCUUCAAUUUUCUGGAGAACAUUCAAAGGCUCAGAAACACUGGCCCGGCCAUUCAUGCCAGACAAACUAGUGCUAGGGUUUUGAACACACUUUCUAUGUGGAGAGCCCUUGGAUAGGCAUCCAGAAUGGGCCUGAGUGUCCUGUUCGUACCUUUUCCUUUUGGGCAUUAAUCCUAUCUUUUUUUUACUUUUCCAUUUUUCUCAUGUAUGCAUAUUUCAUUUAAUUUAGUCUUGCCCAAUAAAGUAUGGACUAAAAAUCUCACUUGGCCCAUGGUACUGAAAGGAUUUAUGAGCAUAGUUUUACCACACUUGUAUUUAACUUAUUGAUUCUGGGAUAUAUAUUGAUUUUGGUAAAAAAAAAAAAACUGGAUUUUUGCUUUGCAGGUUUUAUUUUAUUUGUUUUUAGCUUAAAAAAGGACUACUACAAAGUACAGUUCUCACUGGUAAGAAAAAACACUUCAAAUUUCUACUUUGUGAACUAGCUAACUGACAGUUCUUUACUGUUCUGGAUAAUCUGAAGACUGAAGAGAAAUCAAUAUAAUUAUACUUGGAACAGUUAUCCCAGAGGUAACAUCACAAAUUGAUUUCCUUGGCUCAUUUACACCUGCGACACCUGAAACUGUCCUAGCUUAUGUAGCUAUAAUCAUUCCAACGCUUGUGAUGCCUCCAUUUCAAUGGCUCAAAGACUACUUUGUUGCACAACCUCUGUUGAACACAGAAAUGUUUUGGAGCAUAAAAGCCGUAAUUUGGUAAAGGAGCCAAGAUAUGCAGUGCACACAGUGUCAUGUAGAAUUGACUGUUAGAGUAAAUUGGAAUGAAAAUUUUAGUAAAAGAUAUUGCAUGCACCUUUUUGUUGCUUUUCAGUUUGGCUGGACCCAUGUGACACUGUUGAUUGUAGUUACUCAGUCACACCUCAUCAUGCAAACAUUGUUUGAGGGACUUAUUUGGUAAGUCAAACUGAAGUCCUUUGUGUGGAUCUACAGUGCAAGGGCAUUAGUUCAUACAUUACAUACAUCCAGACAUUUUUUGUUUGUGAAAUACAAUAAUUUUGACAUCAUACCGGGGGGUAUCAAAUUAAGGCUAUUAUAGGCUGGUCAUGUUUUCAGGAAAUAAAAUAAUACAGUUCAUGAAUGCGGGAACGUGAAGCAAGGGUCCGCUCAGUGUUCAGUGUCCCAGAUCACCAUCAGUGUUUGUUGAUUUAUCAGAUAAAAGUUAAAGUAAAGAAUAAGUUAAAGGCAGACUGUUUUAAUCCAGGUGUUGUACCAGUAACUGAUAAUGUCUGUUUUAAUUCUAUACUCUAACAUGUAUGGCCAGAGAGUGCUUGAAAGAGAGCUCUCCCCUUCGAAGAACAGUUUUUAGAAGUGAGCUGUCUGGUACAAAUUUAUUAUCCUUGUCUCCAACACUUUAAUUUGAAUUCAUUUUUCCUCAGUUAAACUAAUUGUUAGUUGUAGCUUUUUAGGACCAUUUUUGUGAGCAUCCAGUCCAAUAGUUUGUACUACUAGUUUAUCAAAUUUUGUCUUUUUACUGCUGAGUCAGAUUUCUUUCCUAGUCUUCUCAUCAGUGUUUUGUGGAAUAAUAUUGUUUUGCAGGUUCUUUCUCCCUGUCAGUAUGGUGAUUUGUAAUGACAUCUUUGCCUACAUUUUUGGUACGUGAAUAUAGUAUUGUUUUGUUUUUCAUAAAUUUCCACAUAACUGUACUUAGAUCUGGGUACGAGAUUAAGUACAGGUGUAUGUACUUCAUCUAUAUAGAUGUAGACAAUGUAUGUACAAUGCUGCAUUGGGCGUGGAAACCUUUGCAUACAAAGAAAAGUCUGUGGAUUUCUUGUAGAAAUUAAUUAUGAUCUUAACUUUCAGUAUUGUUGCUUCUUUCUAUAAUUUUUUGCGCUUACAAUCAUGUUUGAUGUUUUGAUUGCUAUUUCAGGGUUCUUUUUUGGCCGGACACCUCUUAUCAAGGUAUGUUCACCUGUUUUUAAGUUUUGAAGCAAACAUGAUUGACUGGUUACCAGAAUGAAACGUUACAUAAAUAAUUAUUAAUGAUAAUGUUAUUAAUUAAUUUACAGUAACAGGGUGUUCAUUAGGCAUCGGAGAAUUCUCCGGCUACUACGCAGAUUUCUCCGGCUAAAUUUCGAUGGACUGUAGCUAUCUUUACUCAGACGUGGAGCCGUUAUGUAGUAGGAAAAUAUAUUCGGGGAAAAUAGUGUCCUUGUUAAGAUAAAAACAGAACAUGUUGAACAAAUAAUUUUUCGUUGACAUUUGCACGUGGUUGAAAAUUGUUAAAAUAUAUGUAGAAAUGAGCAUGUCACGGACAUUGUAAAGUAAUGCGUAAUUUUAACGUCAUGCCCACGUGAAUUUAGCUACUGAAGUCAUACCUAAAUAAAUAACGAAAGAAUAUAAAUAACCAGCCAGUGUGCCAGCCAAAAAAGCUUAUUGGAACACCUAAAAUAAAUAGAAAAAAUUGUCGACGGCUUGCUUUAGCGUGGAGAGUUUCCUGUUUGCUAGAGCCGUUCUUUUUAUUUACUAGUGAAAAGUCUUGAAAACAGUACACGGCGAACAAAUAAAAUCGGCAAAGUCACGAAAUGAAAACUUGGCCAAAUUUAAGCGCAAAUAGUGAACUACAUUUGUGAAAAAACGAUUUUGCUAUGCCAAAAAAAUCUGGCGAUGAUUACCGUAUAUUUAAUUUGAGUAUCAAAUUACUUCCAAGCAAAUGCAAAUUUCGACAGAGGCGGGAAGAGUUUUCUCACGUCUCGUGCUAUUUAUAGAAGAGUGUUUAUUAUUACGGUAUAUUUCCGUCCUAAAAAGUAAAAUUUAGCAGAGGUCACCAUUUGCCGGUCACUAUGUCAAAAAUUACAAAUUUUUUCACGCCCAGAACGAGCAGUGGUGGUGGGAAGCGCUCAAAUGCGAGUUCAAACAGCGACAACAACAACGACAACAAAAAAGAUGAAGACGAACCGCCACCUAAACGGAGUCUGAAGUCAACUUCUUCUGAGGCAAUUGGAGCGAGGUGUGCUUCUUCAAAAAAAUCUUCGGUCAGUUCUGAGGAUGUAGAGAGUAUAAUCAACGAUCUUUUUACGGAAGAUCAAAAGAAAGUAUUGCACCACUACCACCGCUGCCGGAAAGAAAUUGUUCUGGCCUUCGAACAGACGAAAAACAAAGGCUGUCAAGCAAGAAAGACAAGUUCCAACACGAGUGGCUCUUCGAAGCAAACGUAUUUUGUGAAAAGACAGGUUUGAGAUGGCUCGUGUUUGUUGAAGGUGAGGGUAUGUAUUGCUUGAUUUGCAAAAAAUACAAAUGUACGAAUCAACAAAACAAAUCCGACAUUUUUAACGAGAAGCCUUCUGUAAGAUACAAAACGACAGCAAUCAACAAACAUGCACAGUCGCAGAAACAUUCAGCGGCAAUUUCAUGCGAGAUGAUGAACCGAGUUUCUGUUUUCCAAAAAGAAUUGGAUGAGCGGCAGAAAGUGAACGACGACAUUCUUUACAAAGUAUUUUAUUCAAUUUACUGGCUAGCUAAGGAGGGAAUCGCAAACAGAAAAGCAGCGGGCUUGUUCACCCUUCUUGAGAAGCUAGGAGUAAGUGAUCUGAAGUACUUUGAUCAUCGAUCACCAGCAUCAGUGCGAGAAAUGUUUAGUACCCUGGGCUGUGCACUGAAAGAGAAAGUUGUGAAGAGAGCAAAAACGGCAGGAUGUUUUGGACUUCUCGUGGAUGACGUGUCAGAUAUAUCAGUCAUGGAGCAGAUGAUUACAUUUAUCCAGUUUUACGAUGAAGACAGCAGUGAAGUCACUGUUGAGUUUCUUUCGGUGGACAAUCUUUUAGAGAAAAAUGACUCUGCAAAUGCCACAGCCAUGUUUGAAACAAUCACGUCCAAUUUGCAAGCAUGUGCUCUCUCUACUAAAAAACUUAUUGGGUUGGCUACAGAUGGGGCUUCAGUUAUGGUGGGAAGAAAGAAUGGGCUAGCUGCUAAACUGAAAGAGGUCAACCACCGUUUGGUUUCAGUACACUGCAUAUGUCACAAUUUAGCCUUGGCAUGCACUGAUGCCAAAGAUGACGCAAAUUUGAAGUUCAUCAAAGAGGUUGAAACUGUGGUAACUCAACUAUGGAAACUCUUUGAAAACUCGCCAAAGCGACUUGCUUGCUACCUGAAGGUCCAACAGCAAAUGAAAAAUCUUAAACUGAGUAAUGAGUCAAGAAAGAUGGUAACAAAGAAAUUAAAAAAGGCCUGCGAUACCAGAUGGCUAUCAUUCAAUAGCGCAGUCCAGUCCUUGUACACUGAUCUUGUUGCUGUAGUUCAAACCCUCAAGCAGUUGAAACAGGACCCAAAUCAACCUGCAGCGUAUGGCUUAUUGAAAAAGAUCAACAAAGUGAAAUUCAUUGGUGUAGUAUACAUUUUGAAGUGGAUUCUUCCUAUAUUGGCGACCCUCAGCAAAUCCUUUCAGAAAGGCGCUAUCAAUUACGCCUCAAUAAAGCCCUCCAUCGACCACAGCAAAGACAAGCUAAAUGAGGUCAAGAGCAGAGAAGAAGCCAUCAAGCAACUUAAGCAAGAUCUUUCUAGUGGUGGUCGUCUUGAGACCCUGGAGCUUGUGUGCACUGAAAGCAAUGUUAAAGAACUACAGGGACUUCUCCAGAAAUACAUCAAAGCCCUUGUGAAGAACAUUGACAAGAGGUUUAAGUCAUCUCUGCCGGUGCUCAGUGCAUUUUCAGCAUUUGAUCCCAUGCUGAUACCAAACAGGCAAAGUCCUGCAUUCCAUAGCCACGGAGAUGCAGAAGUUAAGGUUCUAGCUGACCAUUUCUUUGAUGGUGAUGACAGCGAGGCAGACGAAUUUAAAACAGAGUGGAAGAAGCUGAAGUACGAUCUGCUUUCAUGGAAAGAACACAUCCCAAAAGACACAGUGGAAGGCAAGAAAGGCACACCUACCGAGUGGUCACUUAAAAGAGUCAUGGCCAUGAAGUCAACAUUUGGGCAGUUCUAUCCAAGAUCUGUUCACCCUUGUAGAAUCAGACACUAUGUAGAAUCUAUGCAAAUGCUAUGUCACAAAGCUAUGCAAAACCUAUGUUAAUCAGUCAUACAUUGCUUUAACCAGAUCCUAUGUUGUUUCUAUGCCAGGACUAUGUUUUUUGUAUCGAAAAUGCUAUGUUUUCGCUAGUCAAACGGAACCUACUUAAAAGCUAUGCAGUUUUUAAAGGUAGGAAUAAAGGAAGAAAUGACAUAGUUUCCACAUAGCCUAUACAUACAGUUUACUUAGCUUGUGGAAAGAGAUUUUAGACUUCAUAGUCAACCUCAUAGAAAAAUCAUAGAAAAUAAAUAGCCUUCACAUAGGACUGAAAUAGAGUUUACAUAGUAAAAUGGAACAGGGAACAGUUGAUUAAAUAGCUUUUGAAUAGGGUUUGCUUAGAAUUUAGAUAGCCUUGAAAUAGAAAAAACAUAUGAAAAACAUAGCCUUUUUAAAGGUGACAUAUACUUUGCAUAGCAUUAAAAUAGGGAAAACACAGAACAAAAUAGUCUUUGCAUAGGUUUGAAAUAGGAUUUUAAUAGUAUUUGAAUAGGUAAAACAUAUCACAUACACAAGCUUUAACUAGAGUUCAAACAGAAAUUACAUAGAAUUGACAGUCUCUUAUGUAUGUAGGUUUCGAUCUGCUUAAGCAAAUGUAGUGUUUAAAAUACGUUCGAAAAAAUCACCAAAAUAGUAAAAAUAGUAUAAACAUAUGAAUUAGAAUACCUCUUACGUUGGUAAGAAAUAGGUUUUGAAACAAAACAUUGAAAAACUAUGGCAAUAUAAUACCACGAACAUAGUAACACAAAUGCAGUAUUUUCAUGGAGGUUUUAGAAUCGAAACCCCAAGUUUAAGUUUGCUGAUCGUGUAGACUUUUUGCUGAUGUCGUGCUCUUCAGUGCCAUACAGUUUCCUUUUGACUGCAACGAAUAAGUAUCUGCAAACAGAAAAGUGGAGAUUUUAAGGCAAAUGAACAUAAAAACAACCCGACGUUUUAGAAUUGAAACGAAGGAGUAUCAAAGCGUGAUCGACCGAUCCUUGUUCAGAUACGCGAAAAGGGGAGACAACACAAGCAAAUCGAAACUUAAUUGAGAAAAACAUCACUUACCAACGUUAGGAAUACUUUUUGUUGAACCUGGCAGGAAAAAGACUGGAAAUUGAAGUAAAAAGAAGCGUCUUCUUGUAAAAACGCACGCUUACAGCUCGUCUUCUUUGACUUGAAAGCGCCCGCGUGGAAACAGACAAUUUUCACACCUUUUCAUUGGUUGAAAAGGCCCACGUGACGAUAAAACGCAAAAUACGCAUGUGUUGAACUCACGGGCUUCCCUGGGAACUAGUGGAAACAAAAUGGCGGACAAACAGCCACCGAGGCAGGUAGCGUUCCGCAGUUUUGACCAUGCAGUUAUAUUCAGGAGACGUCCACAAUCAAGACGAAGGAUCGAACCCAAUGUAAAAGAAGAAAAUGAUGCAUGGCAGUAUCAUUUCAAGUGUAGAAACUCUAGGGAAAAGCUAGAAAGGAAAGUUAAGACAGGGAUGAUGGAUGUAGCGAUUCAAUGCUUAACAAAAAUCUUCUCACUAAGAAACUAUCUGCAAGCACAAAAAAAGAUUAUAGUACAUGAUUUUUCAGCGUUUUAGUUUAAAACACUGCUUUUUACUUUGAAAGUAUGCUUAGCCUUCUGUAAGCGCUACCAUCAACAUGCCUAGUCACUUAAAAGCUAUGUUGGAAUAUCACAAAGGAAACGCAUAGACUACAUAUAUUUUUCAUAUGAGUGACAUAGGAAAAAAGAUGUUUAUGUAAAAGCUAUGUAGCCUUUAUCUCACGAUAAAGCUAAUUGAAAAUGUCACAUAGUGAAUACAUAGGCUGCAAAUAUGUUUCAUCACAUAGCAUAGAAUAUACAUAGCACUAUGUAAAAGCUAAGAAACUUGUUGGAAAUAAAAGUGAAGAUCGAAAUGCUAUGUAAAAGCUAUUUUACUUUGAUGCAUAGUGAAUACAUAGGAUGCUGAUCGGAAGGAAAAGCAGAACUUUCUAUUGCAUAGUAAAUACAUAGCUAUGUCAAGACUAUGAAAAGAUUUUGAAUAGUAUUUGCAUAGGUAUUCAAAAGCUAUGUGCUUUUCAAAUAGCGUAAACAUAGUUUCAACAUAGAUUUUGCAUACUUUGGACUAUGUUGUUUGGUGUGUUACAUAGUUAAUACAUAGGCAGUAGUGAACAUAACAUAGCUGAAACAUAGUCCAACAUAGUAAACAAAUAGCAUGAGCAUAGGUUUUGCAUAUGUCUGGUUCUACAAGGGCAGGUAGCGGAGGCAGCACUUGCAAUCCCAGUUUCCAAUGCUUGGCCCGAAAGGGGCGCUAGUCAGUUGAAAUUGAUCAAGAGCAGGAUAAGAAGUCAGAUCAAGAACGACUUACUUGCAUCUCUCCUUCAUAUCACCAUCAAUGGCCCUGUCCCACAUACAGAAGCCUGUGAUUCCCUGGUCAGCAAAGCUGUGGACAUGUGGAAAACUGCAAAGAAGAGGAGAAAGCUCCCAUACCACAAACCAAGCACGCAGCGAGAACCCAACAGUGAAACAGAAGCUGCCACUCCCAGCACCGUCGUACAAGAUAUGGGGACACAGACAGAUGCAACAUCGACCACCGAGUUGCAGAACAUCCGAGAGGAGUAUAAAGAAGCACUUCAUGUUCUUUGCCUUGAUGACAUGGUUGAGGAAGAGCUAGAUUCUCUGGAAGCUUUUGCUAAAAGCCUUGAGAGUGAUGACAGUGGAGACAGUGGAGUUGAUGAAUAGAGUUAACCCUUUUACUACUGAUAGCAUCCAAGGAAAAUAUUGAAUUUCAGCUUUCAUUUGCAAUGUUCACACUUUGGUUUAUUAUUUGGUAUUUAGUAAGAUAGAUAAUAGGGCCAAUUGACUCAUUUGACAAGACUCUUGGAGUAAAAGGGUUAGAGCUCUUGAUUUAACUUUACUUGCUUGUAAAAUUCAAAGAACAAAACAUCCGUUUGGCACCAUUUUAAGGUAUACAUUGCUUUUUGUUUGCCAGCUAGAAAGAAAUGAAAUUUGCUGUCAGAUAACAGGAAAUGGCAUCUCAGAGGGUUAAAAAAUCCAAAAUUUCCUGGGGGAGCAUGCCCCCAGACCCCCCUAGGGUGGAGCGAGCGCUGCUCGCUCCUCGAAAGAGCUUCACUCUUUCGCAACAUUCUCCUGUUACUUUAACCUACUCUCCUGCUACUGUAAUUCUUAAUGAAAACCCUGCAGUAAGAACCCAUGUGUAAGAACCUAGUGGUUUAAGAACCCUCAGACAGAAAUUUGCCAUUUAAAUACCCAAAAAUAUAAGAACCUGUUUAGUAAAACAAGAUCGCACAGGUUCUUAUGUCUGAAUUACAGUUAAAUUGUGAUAAACAUUUUGACCAAUUCAAGGAGUUUGACCUUGAGAUUUUAAAAUUUUUACUACCAGAAAAAUAAUAUUGUAUCAAUUUAGCAUGUAUUAUACAAAUAUAAGUACUCCAUUUUACAACAAAAAUAGAUCUAAAUAAAGUAAAGACUCUUUCAUUAAAAAAGAUGUUUGCAAUGUACAGUUGUGAUUAAUUCCAAACACAAGUUUAUGCAUUUUUCUUAACUUAACCCUAACCCUGCCAAUAAUUGUAGGUUCUUACACACAGGUAUUUACUGUAUCUGUUAAAUGAAAGAUGAGAUCAUUGGUAUGGCUCUUCGACUAGCUUCCAACACUUAAUCUACACCUUUGUAUACUGAGAAUGAUUUGUUUAUUUGAUAGCUGUCACCAAAGAAAACAUGGGAAGGUUUCAUUGGUGGAGGAGUUGCAACAGUCAUCUAUGGCUGGUUGGUAAGUGUGAUUUGAUACUUAAUAGGGUUCCCUAGUGUUACAUUGAAACCACAAAUUCUCUUAGGCUAGCAUGAUUUUGUUGUAGUGUUAGCACUUUAAUUUUAUUUAAAAAAAUGGUAACCCUCUGUGUUGACAUUGUGCAGUAAUAUUUCGUGGUUGCUAAGUAACACUAAGGACAUGUGCAGUUGGACUUUUUAACACUUAAACAUGUGCUCUUGCCAAAUGACUGUCUUUGUACAUCAAGUUUGAUUGUUCGUAAAUAAAUCCUAUUGAGAUUUCAAGACACCUUCCUUUAUCCUUGAUAGAUUCUGGUUUAGUGAAGACUAUUUGAAUUUUUAUUGAAACAAUUGAAAAAAAAUUAUCCUUAUCAUUUAUGGUCUAUAAAAAUGUAGACAUUGAUUAAAUACUUCUUGUUACUAACAUUGUCUGUGAUGCAGGCCAGAUUAAUUUCUGUAUUUUGAAAUUUUAGUUCUAAAUUUCCUCACGGUCCGUUGUCUGCUGUCUUAUUUAUUGUUGUUUGCAGGUAUCUCAUUUCAUGUGCCAGUACCAGUACUUUAUCUGCCCUCUUGAGGUGAGGUCAUGAUCGUUUGUCCACUUUACAUGUGUAAAUAAAUUUGAUUGACUGGCAUUUUUUUAAAAUGUACACAAAAGACUAUGCAUCAUUUACCAUCAACUUCUAAACUGAACUCUGUCAACCCAUACUUGCCACUAACUCAAACUAAUUACUCGGGACGAUGUAAUCAGCCAGCAUCAUAAAUUUUGGUUGAUCUUUAUCAUGAGAGUCACAAAUUGCUUUUGUUUUUUUUUAACUUUUCCGUAUCCCGUGGCAAUUCUGAAAAAUUGUGCGAUUAUUUUUGCAACUUCAAAUCACCUGCAAGUCAGGUUGAACACAAACAGACAAAAGCUCUGCUUAGAAAGGUAAAGUACAAAUUGAUGGAAGGGGAAGCCGGCGUGUGUGAUUUUGACUGGAUAAUUGGGUCAAGUUACUUCAUUUUGAAGUUGUGUGUUUAUAAGCCGUGAAUAGCUGCACAGAAUGUGAUUUUUAGCCUGUGUUUAGUUUUCCACAGAGCCAAUGAGUGCGCAGUUGUCGAACAAUAGGUUCACAAUAACAAAUUGAACUAACGAGUCCAUGAUAAUAUUUAUAAUAAUAUUUAUAAUCAAACCAGUGAGCUCACUUGUAGACUUAUCGAAGGAAGACUUGUUUCAUUGCAAAAAACUAUUUAAAUAUGAAAUAAAUAUUGAAGCAAUUUUCACAGCAUAACAACCAUUCCCUUAAAUUCACAAACUGAUUUCAGUGCAAUCAUGCAAUAUAGAAUUGGUGGACUGCGGACUUGAUGUAAAAUGCGAACUAUGGACCAUGUUGUAAAAAACCAGGCUUAAUAAAUUUGUGCAUAAGGUAGAAAUAACAUUAAAAUAUCUCUGAAAAGCACAACAUGCAGGUUCAAUUUUUGCAUGAAUGCCCCUCUAUACCUUCCAUUAAGGCAUUGAAAUCAGUGCAGUUGUGGCAAGUCUAUCUCUAUGACUUGAUUACAGAGUAAAAACUCCUAGAAUUAUUUUCAUCUUAACUCGUCAAACAAUAUUAUCUUAAUAUUCCUGUUAUCUGUGUUCGUUAAAUAAGGGCUGGUUUAAAGCAUCAACCUGUAUCGCCAGUAUACAACUCAACUUGCUGAUUCAGUGCUUCUUAGUUUCAUAUCUUUUAUUGACUGAAAGCAGUAAAUUGAAUUCUAUAGUCUUUUUUAUCAAAAUUCAUUCUGAAUUUCAAUUUCAUUGUUUUCAUUUUUUGUGAACUUACAUAAUUUUGCCAUUUUUAAGAACUGCUCAAACUUUAUUGACCAUUAUGAGUUUUUUUUCAAAAAUUAUUUGAGAUGUGCUUGUAGUUAGAAAACUUUGGUAUAAAGACAGAUGUGAAUAUUACGGUAGUUCGGUAACCUGUUCAGCUCAUUAAGGACAACAUCGCACUUCAUUUGCAUCCAUAUCUGCAAAUCUCAACCCAUGUACCCAACUGUCCAAUUCCAUUCAAAUAGUCCUUAGGUACACCAGCACAUCCUGCAUAAGCACCUUCACAUGUACUUUCCCUCUGGCUUAAUACAUGUAUCGUUGUUGAGUUUUACUGAGAUAUACAGACCUUAAAAUUGCACACGCUAUGACAAAAAAGGCUGAGUUUAUCGCUAAUUAAUUAGCUGACAUAAAUGAAUUUUGCUUGAAGGUUAUUAAAAUAAUUUUACUGAAACUGCAGCAGGAUUAUUAUAAUUAAAAGAGGGGAAGUCCUUUUCACACUUCUCACUUGUCUAAAAAGUUAUAAGAAAGCAUGUUCCUUGAUAAUGUUUUUCAUGUGCUUGUUGAGCUUUUUUGAGGUUAAAAGUGAACUUGAGUAAUUCCAUCACUUGAUUGCAAUCUUUUUUCAAAAACUGCUACUUUAAUGUUUAAAUUUUUAUUGAUGUCCCUCAAAAACUGCUCACAAUCUUUCAUGUUUUCAGUUCAGUGGCUCAAUAACAGACUUCAAGACCAGUUGUGAACCCUCGUCACUGUACAGACUCACUGCCUUCAAUAUCCCAGCACCAGUCAAGUAUCUUCUGGGAUUUGUAAGUACUUUUAAAAUAAUGUUACAAUGUUUCUGACUUAAGUUAUUCAGGCUACAAAACAUGUAAUACUGGUAAUUUGGAUUUGUAAGUACUUUUAAAAUAAUGUUACAAUGUUUCUGACUCAAGUUAUUCAGGCUGCAAAACAUGUAAUACUGGUAAUUUGGAUUUGUAAGUACUUUUAAAAUAAUGUUACAAUGUUUCUGACUCAAGUUAUUCAGGCUGCUAAACAUGUAAUACUGGUAAUCUUCAACUUUGUUGCCAUUAUUUUAGGACUUUCAGUAGUUCACAAUGAGAAGACUUGCUGCUAGAACCUUAUGGGUGGUGCAAAUCUUUUUAGCAUGCAUGAGUUGUUAAAUCUGAAGAAAACUCGCACUUAAUGGAACUGCACUGCCUAUAGUUACUUUACUGUUACCAUGACAACAUUAUUUUGAAUUACCAGGCAUUUCAAUAAAAAUUAAAGUAGCCAGCAGGUUUAAAUAGAGUAACCAACAGUAUCAACAAGGGGCUGAUAGUCUACUUUUUCAAGGGGUGUCUGGGGGCUAGUCUGCUACACAGCCAUUUUUAAUGUCGUCAUUCACGCUCCUCCCCACAAACCGCUGCUGAGAAUCGAACCACAUUCCUUUAGAUCAUUGCCAGAGGUAAAAAACGUGAUAAGGACAUGGCGUGUCAUUUCAAUCAUUGCCAAAAUUAAACUGCAUGCUCAUCACAAAACUCAUUUGCUGAAGUUUUGCUAAUAAAGAUAAUUCUUCUUUUUUUCUUUUUGAGCACUGAAGUGUUCACUUGUUCCAAAGUAAUCAACGCUUUCAAGCGAUAGAAUUCGUGGACUGACCCGUUGCGGAAAAGCUCUAAAUUUAAUCUUUCCUAGGCUUUGUUAGCACAACGUGCUUGGCUUUGGUCACACAACGUUUCUUAUUGCCAGUUUCCACGGUCUCCGCUAGGAACGCCUGGGAGCAUGACCCCCCUUUUUUGUCCUAAAUACGAAGAAAAACAACUUGCAGAUUAUGAAUCACGCUGCUUACGCAAGGCAGACUAAAGAGCAAUUUAGGUCUCUUUUCAUGAUCUUUUUUUGUCAUCUCAGAUAAAUUUAACACUUUUUGUAAGUUAAGGUACUUGUAAGGUUGAUGAAUCUCUUUAGGGCUGAUCCCUCAGGUGCUAACUACUUUAGGUAAUUUUAAAUUUUUAAAGAAGUAAAUUUUUGUCUCUUAACUGAGCAUGCUCAUGUGUUAUUGAAAUUGAUUGUAGGGUGGUUUGUCACAAGAUGAUGUCUGGCUCUACCCCAUGCAGUUCCAUUCUAUUGCACUCUCGUUAUUCUGCUCAUUGAUUGCUCCAUUUGGAGGAUUUUUUGCCAGUGGAUUCAAGAGAGCAUUUAAAGUGAAGGUAAAACAAUCAAGCCACUCUGGAAUAAUAAUAAUAAUUGGAUGUCUUGUGCAUGCAAAGCAGCUUUAAAUUUAAAAUGUUCCAAAGAACAGGUAGUUUUUAAGUUAGCAAUUAAUAUCAAUUAAUUACUAUUUUCCUUGGUAAAAAUUUGCUCUGCUCUGUCAUGUGCUGUGUAACCCUUUAACUCUUGGAGGUAAUGAUGGGGUUAUAAGAUCUAGCUAUAUUCUUUGUGGGUAGAGUUUUAUAGUAAGAGUAAUCAUUUGUAGGUGAAACCUGUGUAACAGUAUUUUCCCAUAGUUACUGCACAGUAUACACGAGUGAGGCACAUAUUAUCCCACUGGAUCCUAUCAUGCUUUCCAUAAUUAUUAUUGUGAAGUAACUGGGGGAGUUGCUUCAGUCUGCGUCCUGCAAGGGAUGCUUGUCUACCACUGUCUUACCCUCUUUAGUCAUAGCAGGGCUGUCAAUGAGGGCCGGUAGCGAGCCAAAACCACUGGUUAGUUAGCCAUUCUUAGCCAGCUACUUUCAUCUCCUACUAUAAUAUUGCGAUGAAAAAAUAAGCACCGUCGAAUAAAAUUGUAAAGCAUCCGUUUCCCAGUUUUGAAUGACAUUGAACACAUAUUUAAACAGGUUUAGAUCGAUGUGAAACGUUUGAACUGUGCAAUGUUCUGGAACACCUGGGACAUUUCGACGGCAUUGUUCCCAGUCUUGCAUGUAUUCUGACGAAACAGCAUGACGUCCACAGUAGAAAAUACCUCCUGAAAACCGCUGGAAAAACCAUUUCAAGACUCAAAAUUUCACUAUGUCCCUUGAUGCCUUGACCCUCAAGAACUUGUGCCUUUGGUGCGAGUUCCAAGGCCACCUACUACUCAUUAUCAGCCUGCUUCUUAAAACUUUUUGACAGCCCUGCAUAGCAUGUACACAUUAUACUCUGGUGAUGAGAAACAAAGCAUCUUGUCUAUUAAGGUUUGAAGGCCUGCAAGGCCUACAGCUGUACAUGUUAACCACCAACCCCUCCUCUGCAUCUUUCUAUGGUAACAUUUUGUUUUUUUAUUAGUUGACCAACAAAUUUCUGAUUAUUUCCUUGUUUUGAUCAAAAAGUUAAAUGCUAAAAGAUUUUUAAAAUACAUUUAAAAGACAUUUAAAAAAGUGAACAAAUGUUUUUAAAAUGUGAACGAAUGUUUUUUAAAUGUUUUUUAAAUGUAUUUUAAACAUCUUUUAGCGUUUAACUUUUUGAUCAAAUCAUUUUAAAAAUCUCUCCUAUUUCCUUGUUAGAAUGGUUUAGAAGCCUCACUCAGUCAUACAUUACUUACUUUUUGUCAGGAUUUUGGAGACACUAUUCCUGGUCAUGGAGGACUAGUGGACAGGUUCGAUUGUCAGUUCCUUAUGGCAACGUUUGUGUAUGUCUAUCACUCCACAUUCAUAAGGUAUGUAUUAAGUUAUUAAUAAUAUAUUUACAUAUGUACCUCCUUCUUUAAAAAGAUAAUUUAAUAAUUAUUAUAUUGAUUAAAUAAUAUCCAGCUAAUUACUUUUUUCCUACUAUUACGCAUCAGGGCACCUCAACCUCACAAAGUAUUACAGCAAGUUUUAUCACUGCUACCAGAACAACAGUUGAAAGUCUACACGGAGCUUCGGUCCAACCUGAUAAGAAGAGGAAUGCUGUGACCUUUAUAACAUUCACUUAACUACUAACAAACCUGCCAAAAAACACCUAUGUCCUGUACAAUUAUCAUGUGGUCUCCUAUUUUAACUUAGAUUUGACAUAGGCUAAAAAAAAUGGAUUCCAGCUCUUGAUGAAUCAUGUCUACUUGUUGCAAAUGACCAAAAAGGACUCUUCUCAAGUCCUUAAAAGAUAAUAUGUUGUAUAAAACAUAAUAAUUAUAAUUGUUUUACUUAAUGAACAUACAUGUAUAACUUGGUCAGCAAAGAAGCACAUUUCUUGCUCUUCAUUACUUCAAACCUUUUCAAGAGGGCAAUUGGCUAUUAUGUCCACACUUGGUAUUAAAUCACUAGUGCGCAGGUACCAGUACAAAUGGUGUUGUGUUCAGACACACCUCUUUGUACCAGAUUCAUGUAUCUAACUUCAAAGGAGGAUUCAGUUCUAUGCCUGUUGCAUUACUUUUUGCUUCUUGGGGCUGCAAAAUGACCACUCAGGUAUCAUAAAAUAUCUAGGGAAAACAUUGUGAGAAAUUUUGUAUUGAAGAACUAUUUAUCACCAAUAUUGCACUGAAGGGUGCCAUAUUUCAUCUAUGAAUGAUAAGUGAGUUGAAGUUCAUCAAGUUUGCUUUUAGCUGAAGACAUGAUCGAUUCAUUAGCUGGCAUGCACUCUAUUUACCUGUCGAGAAAUGAGACAGUGGAAAUCAUUCGAGUCCCCGACUAGAAUUAAUUAACUACUGUUUUCUUAGGGCAUUCACCAGAAGUCAGAAGUGUCUGGCCAUAGCAGCUAUUUUGAAAAAAAUAGUUUUCACUAAAAAUUCACCACUUUCAUGCAUACUAUUAUUUUAAAAGUAGACUGAUCUAGCUGUAUAACUCUGAUUACCGGUAAUAGUGAAAUUCUCAUUAAGAUUGGACUGGUCUGGCCAGCCAGUCUUGAGUAGUGGUGAGUGCUUUGAAACAUUUGUGUAGGAGUUGAGCCUGGUUGAGGUUCUUGGUGCUACCUGAUUAUAAUGAUUGGAUAUUAAUAUCAGUACAGUAGCAAAUUCCCGCAGCAAAUUUGGCCAAUUCAGCUCAUGUAUCUGAUUAGAAGAUGCUGUAUUGUCGGACCUUAAUGAGUGGUAAAAAUAACAGCAGCAGCAGUCAAUUUAGGGCGGCCUUGUCAUAUCAGAAAUGAUAUAUUUAAGAGACUUGGAUGUACGAUUCUGAGUGUCUUUACAGCACAUCAAAAUGUAUAACUUGGUGAAUUUCUCAACUGAUAAUAUACAUUUUGUACUUAAGUAAACAGACUUUUAUUACCAUCACCUACCAUGUACUGAGAGCCCAGGGGAGGUAAUCCGAAUUUCAUAUGACGGAGAUGACUGAAAUACAUUUUUUUGUUUGAAAUUUUUGUUUCCAGGAUUUUUUAAGGUCGGAAAAUUUGGCAAGUAUUUUUUUGGGCAUCUUGAUUAAGUAGGGAUUUUUGGGGGUAUUUUUCAUGUUAUAUCAGUUUUCUGGAAAAUUUCGAUGCUUGGAAAUUCCAUUUGGGAUUUUUUGGGGGUUAAUUUUUUGGUCAAGGGAUUUUUUGAGGUUUUGAUUUUUUCCACCGUUCGAUCAUCCCCGUCACUUGAAAUCCGAAGUACUCCCCCUGGGACAGGGAGCACCCAGUGCAGGUAUUGUGGUGGGAUAUUGUAAAAAUAACUCUGCUUUAAUAUUACAUCCAAAAUUAUAUCUACAGUAGUCAAGCCUAUAUUGUUUUUCAGUUGUAUUUUUGUUAGUUUUUAUUCAUGUGGGACCAUGAAAUGUUUUCAGCACCUACUUGGGAGUCAUCCAUUAAGGGAUAGACCAUUAGAAAUGUUCUUUUUUGGGGGGGAGGGGGGUUAGGGGCAUAGUGCACAAUAAUAUAUAUUCAUGCAUGGGAAAUUUAACUAUUGAAAUAUGGCAUUGUUUGUCAUGUAACUAAAACAAAAUACCACCUCUGCCAAAACGUUUCUAACGGUCCACACGAAUCUGCUGGGGAGGCAAACAUCUCUUUUAUUUAUUCUUAAAAUAAUAUUAUUCUCAUGUCACUAAUUAGUAAUAAUAAUUAAUUAUUAUUAGUUUUAGUGGGUAUUAUUUUAUAUUGGCCUUUAAAUGUGAUGUAAUUAAUAUUCAGCAAGGUGACUGUGAAUAAAAAUCUAUGUAUACUCUGAGUGUUGAUUGUUCCAAUAAAUAUUUAUUGUUGUG